CGGAAGACGCUGUCAUGGCUGCCCCGGAGGACGUAGCAGCCUUACAAGAUGAGAUUGCCCGGCGUGAGGAAGAGCUAGCUUCGCUAAAGCAGAGGCUGGCUGCAGCCCUAGCGGUUGAGCCGGAGCCCGAGCGUCCGAUCCCGGUAAUGCCGCUGCCGUCCAGGGCCGCGCUGUCGCGGGACGAGAUCCUACGCUAUAGCCGCCAGCUGCUGCUGCCGGAGCUGGGCGUGCGAGGUCAGCUGCGCCUGGCAGCCGCUUCUGUGCUGGUGGUGGGCUGCGGCGGGCUGGGCUGCCCGCUUGCUCAGUACCUGGCGGCGGCCGGCGUGGGCCGUUUGGGUUUGGUGGACCACGACGUGGUGGAGACGAGCAAUCUAGCCCGUCAGGUGCUGCACGGGGAGGCGCAGGCAGGGCAUGCCAAGGCUUGGUCGGCGGCCGCGGCGCUGCGCCGCCUCAACUCGGCGGUGGAGUAUGUGCCCUAUGCGCGCGCGCUCAGCGAGGCUUGGGCGCUCGACCUGGUCCGUGGCUACGAUGUGGUGGCCGACUGCUCGGACAAUGUGCCCACGCGCUACCUGGUGAACGAUGCGUGCGUGCUGGCCGGCCGGCCGCUAGUGUCUGCCAGUGCGCUGCGCUUCGAGGGUCAGAUGACCGUCUAUCACUACGAUGAUGGGCCCUGCUACCGCUGCGUGUUCCCUCGGCCGCCCCCGGCCGAGACGGUGACUAAUUGUGCGGAUGGCGGCGUGCUCGGAGUGGUGCCCGGUGUACUAGGCUGCGUGCAAGCCCUCGAGGUGCUCAAGAUCGCUGCUGGCCUCGGGACCACCUACAGCGGUAGCAUGCUACUCUUCGACGGCCUCGGGGGCCAUUUCCGCAGGAUCCGGCUGCGGCGCCGUCGGCCCGACUGCGUCGUGUGCGGUCAGCAGCCCACCGUGACCUGCCUGAAGAACUAUGAGGCCUUCUGCGGCUCCUCAGCCACCGACAAGUGCCGCUCCUUGAAGCUCCUGAGCCCCGAGGAGCGGAUUUCUGUGACUGACUACAAGCGGCUUCUGGAUUCUGGGGUACCCCACGUGUUGCUGGACGUUCGGCCUCAAGUAGAGGUGGACAUUUGCCGUCUGCAGCAUUCUCUCCACAUCCCUUUGAGUCUGUUGGAACGCAGGGAUGCAGACAGCCUGAAACUCUUAGGGGCUGCCCUCCAGGAGGAGAAGCGAAAUUCACAGGAAGGAGCUGCUCUUGCCGUGUAUGUGAUUUGCAAACUGGGGAACGACUCACAGAAAGCUGUGAGGGUCCUGCAGUCCUUAACAGCAGUGCCAGAGUUAGACUCUUUAAAGGUUCAAGACAUUUCGGGGGGACUCAUGGCCUGGGCUGCCAAAAUUGAUGGGACUUUUCCACAGUACUGAGGGGAGAGCUGUGAUCCCAGUAGAUGAUGGCUGUGGUAGCCUUUCCUAUAAUGUAGAAGAGCCUGGAUCCACAAUCUCUGAAUAAGUGGACUCUUUCUUUGCAAGGAGCCUUUCGAGAAAACAAGAUGGCGUCGUCUCUGAGAGCUGCCUUGAUUUAGGCACUCAUGUAGUACCUUCGAUAUGUGACAUGGAAUAUGACGGGAUUUUUGUUUCCUGUGUGGUCCGAUCAAAGUGCUCUCCGGGCCAUCCAGUGCUCUCCGGGCCAUCCAUCUUCUACUUGGAAUUAAGAUGCAGCUCUUACUGUGUCUUAGUCUAACCGAAUCACUUGCAUUCAGCCCGUUUUUAAAUUACGAUGUUCUUUGCAGAGAUGGCUUAGCACUGGCUGUCCCCCGUGGGGGAUCCUGGUUUGACUCCCAGGACUCUUUGUGUUGGCUUGGAACUGCCUGUAACUCCAGUUGCACGUGAUCAUAUGCAGUCUCCCUGCCUACUCCAGCUCCAGGCAGGGUCUUGGUGCACAGACAUAUAUGCAGUCAAAACACAAAGGUUUAAAAUCUAAGGAAAAAAGUUUUU